UCGUGGAGCCGACCGACCCGAGCGAUAGUAAACAUUUUGCAACAACAACCGAUCCGACGACGACGACAGUCGUCGGGACACCACACGAGGACUACCACAAGGCAUACCGCCCGGUGGCAGUGCACGCACUAGAUAGCCGAGCCGCGAAGAUAGGAUUGCACUCAGGCAGGACUCGCCAGAUGAUGGGAAAAAUUGUUUUAGUUUAUGCUUAGCUUCGCUUCCGACCGGACGCGCGAUUCGGAUUAUCUGGCCGCGGGAACCGAACCGAUGCGGUGUGCAGUUAGGGGGGCGAAGGGUCUUCUAUUCCACCUAGUGUGAUGGAGACUUUGUUUCUCCGUGCGAGGGAAGAACAGCUGCUUGCAGACUGUGCAGUUUUUGGGUGAUGCGUUCUGGGGAAGUUUUUGGGUUAACAGCUGAGCAAGGACUCUGCUGAAUAGUUCUGUCUAGACGUGUUGUGAAGUCGUGAUUCAGGUGUGAAUUUUGGAAGAAAACAACCUUAGAAGCGGUUGGUGAACCGGAGGAAAAUUAAUCAAACGUAUGAGAACGCUGAGAAGCGCGCGUGUGUUUGUAAGUGUGUUGCCGUCAGCAAGUAACGAAUCCAAGUGACUUCAAUUCAAGUGAAAUUGGCGAAACGUGCUCGACAAAGUGUUACGUGGUGCUUCUGGGUGGGUGAUAUAAAAUUUAUUCUUUGUAAAUCGAUGCGGUGUAUAAGUGAAACAGAUUGUCGACAGUCCUAAGCUGAAAAUUAACCGUUUGAUCAUUGUAAAAAUCAAUGAGAAUACAAUCAUUCAACAAUUCACCGAACUUUGGAUGUACAACGAGAUCUCAGCCUCUUGGUCCACUCUUCCGGAACAACAUCCUGCUGGGAAUGCCACCACCACCACCGCCACCGUUGACACCAUCUUAGUCGUCGUAUGGAAUUAGCCAUCCCUCGUUCCAGCGGACAACACUAGUCCACCCACCAUCCAGAAGUGUGCAUCGAAUGGCGAACCCUUCACCACGAACCACUCCGAUGUCGACGCCGCUGAGCUUUCGCGAACCUCCACCACCGUCCACGACGACAGCAGAGCGAUCACAACAGAGGCGGGCUCGGUGGUUCCAGCAGCGGUGCUGACCAAACUGCCUGUGGCGUGUUUUGGACCACGAUGCCGUCGUCGUCCUUUCGGCAGCAGGUGGCAUCCCUCCCAACAGCAGCGUCGGGGGUACGGCGAGCAAGUGGCGGCAGUAGACCAGGUGCGACUACAGCUAGAGAAUCAUCGGCAACGACGACGACGACGAUAGUCAAUUUAAUCAAAUUAACUCGACUCACUGAGGCUACCGACGACAGCGGAAUGGUGGUACCAAUGACGACGAUACGUGGUUUAUGAAGGUUGAUCCUGUUUGGAUGUUGUGUGGAUAUUCCUGUGUGUUUGUGUUUUUCUCUGUUCGGUGGACCCAAUUGGUGGGAUGUUCAUAAACAGUGACCGUCGAUGUGCUGACAAUAACAGGAAAUUGAGGAAAGUGUGAAAAAAGUUUAUGAAUAAAAAAGGAACAACGUGGUGUUGACAUAGAUAUUUAAAAAGAGGGGGCAAAAAAUAGAGUGCUUUAUAGAGUGUAGAUAAAGUUAUACAGGAGAUCCUAGCUAAUUAAUUGAUUGAGGUGACGCGAUGGGAUUGGUGAGCUACGCGGCGGUACUGGCGUUGCUGCAUCUACUGCAGCUUCCAGUAAUCUCGGCUGUCAGUUGGGAGGAAUGGUGGACCUACGAUGGCAUCUCUGGUCCAGCAUUCUGGGGUCUAAUCAACCCGGAGUGGUCCCUGUGUAACAAAGGUCGUCGCCAAAGUCCGGUGAACCUGGAGCCGCAGCGGUUACUGUUCGAUCCAAACCUCCGAACGCUGCACAUCGACAAGCACCGAAUAAGCGGCUCGAUAGCCAACACCGGUCACAGUGUGAUCUUCACCGUGAACAACGAAACGGCCCCGUCCAGUGGGAUACUGCAGGUUCCGGUGAACUUGACGGGCGGUCCGCUGUCCUACCGGUAUCGUUUCCACGAGAUUCACGUCCACUACGGACUGCACGACCAGUUCGGGUCGGAACACAGCGUCGAGGGGUACACCUUUCCGGCGGAGAUUCAAAUCUUCGGUUACAACUCGCAGCUGUACGCCAACUUCAGCGAUGCGGUCUUCCGGGCGCAGGGGAUCGUUGGCGUAGCUAUCCUAGUGCAACUGGGUGACCUUUCAAAUCCGGAACUUCGGAUGCUAACAGACCAGCUGGAGAGGAUACGGUUCGGAGGAGCAACGGCUCCGGUGCGGAGGCUUUCCGUACGGGACCUUCUACCCGAUACGGAGCACUACAUGACCUACGAGGGUUCAACGACGGCACCCGCUUGUCACGAAACCGUAACGUGGAUCGUCAUGAACAAACCGAUCUACAUCACCAAGCAGCAGCUGCACGGAUUCCGGCGGUUGAUGCAGGGUGGCAGUGACCACCCGAAGGCACCGCUGGGGAACAACUUCCGGCCGCCGCAACCGCUGCUGCAUCGUCCCGUGCGGACGAACAUUGACUUUCGAAAUAAACAGGAAAAAGGGGGAAAAAUAUGUCCAACUAUGUACAAGGACGUUCACUAUAAAGCUAAUAGUUGGAAACACAACUGAGCGACAGCCGCCACCGCAGCAAUCUGAAUUCGCCGGGCUCAGCCUGGACGGGAUGGGCACCGGUGACGAUCGAAACGCCGGCGAGGACGACGACGAACACGACGAUGACGACAGUUUGGUCACCUUCGGGUGACCAAACUUCAUCCAACAAUAAUGCUUCCAAUUGUACAGACAGAGUAACUAGAGAGAGGAGUUCUAGGAAAAAAAUACAACAGUCAAUGCAAAUCGCAGUUAAACGCAAAUAUGUAGCUAAACAAAAAAUGAAACAAAUCAAAAUCUAACCAAGGCAAGCAGAGACAAGGGAGGGUAUCGGAUGAACAGAACUUGCUAUAAGAACAUGGUGAACUGAGAGAAAGAAAAGUUAAGUUCAGUAUUCUUUCCGUUAACUUUUGUACGGUUCAAGUUGCAAUCGGAUCACGAAGCAUCGAGUUCGAAGAGUAGCCAAAGGUGGUGUGGUCAGCACGGAACGCAUUACUCCAGCCAAACUCGACAAAUUGGCAUGAAUUGUUGCGAUGACUACCUCGAAUCAGAAGAGGAAAGUGUUUCGUGGUUACCAACCGAGUGCCGAGGUGAGCUGAAUUAAAAUGCAUCACGUGCGGCAACGCAGCUAAGCCACCAUCAGCUGAAGUGAGUGUCAGGGUAUCGAACGAAUUGAAAACUUUCCAAAAAACAAGACAGGAAUUAUUUGAAAGUUGCAAAUGAUUUUUCUUUAAUAAACUUUUUUUUUCGAAGAUUGUCAGGUAGGAUUGAGAAAAGUGGAAAAAACAUGGACUUUUAUCGCAUUUCACGUAUAAUUUUCCCACCGUGUUUGCACUGUGCUGUUAACGAGCGCAAGAAGCGGACGGAUGCUGCAUCACCCAUCCCAGAAAGCAAGCGCAACGAUGGCGAGGAGACGAAGCAAACUCUAUUAAAAGUUUGAAAUAAUUUGUAAAUAAUAUUAAUGUAAAAAAACAACAACUACACCGGGUAAUCGAAGGAACGGUGGUGAGGGGAGGGGUAGUUGCAUCAAGCUUCUAUAGGAUGGUGGGUGAUGAUGAUGCUGCUGGAAGAAGAAGAGGAGGAUGAGGAGGUAAAUUGUAGCAAAUAAAUUUCAAGCUGAGAAGACUAUAAAAAAGGUGAUAGCUGCUGCUACUACCAGAGAUGAGGCAGGAAGGGGAAAGAAAGCAGAUCGUGAAAAGCUUGUUUGUAGGAGAGUGAAAGCGCAAAAAACGAGUAUAGCAGUAAGGGAAAGGGAGUUUCCGUAGUUAGCCGUGUGCUAUGGCUGGAAAACUCCAGGAGGUGGAAGGUGGGAGCACUCUUAAAUUCAGUUCACAUGGACAAGACAGGUGAGGAAAAAAAAUGGUGGGAGACGACGGCGUAGAUGAGACACUACUGAAUAAGCAUCGUGGAUGGUACUUUGAUGGAGUAUAAAUUGUUAGAGAAUGACCCUGCGGCGGUGGUGGCGUGGGAGGGUUAAGAAAAAUAUGGUUUGAACUUUUAUUUUGAAGUUUUGCUUGUCGACGGGAUUGUGGUUAUGGUUUUCUGAUCAUAUUUUUGAGAUGUUGCUUUUGGCAACAUAUUUCCAUUGAGACAGAGCACAAUUCUCAGCUUAGUGUUUUACGAGAAGUUCAUAGUUAUUUGACCUUGGUCACUAAAUUUAUGGUGCCUACUGUUGGGGCGCACUUGGCUGAAGCUGUAACCGUGCAUGUAUUCAACAAGGCCGGAUCGACUCCCGGCUGGUCCAAGAUCUUUCGUAAUGGAAUUAUUAUUCUAGCAUUCUUGAUACAUUGAACAGAAAGCGAUUGGCGAGGUCAAUCUUCUUCUUCUUCUUCUUCUUCUUCUUCUUCUUCUUCUUCUUCUUCUUCUUCUUCUUCUUCUUUAUGGCACGACGUCCCCACUGGGACUUGGCCUGCCUCGCUUCAACUUAGUGUUCAUUGAGCAUUUUCACAGUUAUUAAUUGAAGGGUUUUCUUUGCCUGCCAUUGCAUGAAUUUGUAUAUUGUGAGGCAAGUACAAUGAUACACUCUAUGCCCAGGGAGUCGGGAAAAAUUUUCCCGACCGGAACGGGAAUCGAACCCGCCGUCUCCAGAAUGGCGAUCCAUAGCCUUAACCACUAACUGGAGACCCGAGGUUAAUAAUCUCGCAGCUAAUAACUGAGGCAGUUCUCAUUGACUUUACCAUGAUACCAUGAUAGCUUGUUGGCUACAAAGUAACUUUACUUCAACGCCGAGCGUAUAGUCACAGGCAAACAGACAUUACUUACACUGGCAACAAAUCCAGUAACCAUGGUUUGAACGAUCAUUUCAAAUCUUGUAAGUUCUGAUCUCCACAACCAGAGGUGCGCGCAUCGGUAUUCUUCGCGUUUGACGUUUGACACUAGCGCAUUCUGUUGAAGAUUGUAACCGUUCAACGACUCGAGGUUUUUAUAUACAAGAUGGCUUUAGCGCCACUCUCGCUAGCGAGAUUUGUCCGACUGAAUAUGAGACUAUUCCCUCAGGGGACUCGUGAACGGCUAUAUUAUAUAGGAAAAUACCAACGUGACAAACCGGUACCUUUUCUUGAACCCGUUUAUACGCGAACUUAAGCUCACUCAAAUCAAACGUACGCAAUUGAAGAACAGAAGCCUGAAAGGUCAAUCUACCAAAAUAACGGAAACGGAAUAAAGAUAUACGUAAAAGGGUGAAUUCUCUAGAGAAAUGUCCAAAACGGAAUCAACUUACUCUCAGAAAUUCAAACUCAAAAAUUACAUUUGUUCAAGGAAGUACUAGGCUGAUUCGGGUUGAACUUUAACGAAAAUGUCUAUAACGGGGAGCUAAACACUAUGGGAAACAAAUCAUGGCCAUGAACAGAGUUUCCACGUACCUGCGCAGGUUUUUGUAGCGGUGCGGUGUCUCGAUCUCCGAUGCUGUCCUGGCCGCGGAGUUCCCGGCCGUUGCUGUCGAAGACGGCUCGUUAUGAUGACGUUUGAUGCGACGUCCUCAGUAACGAUGGCGGCAGAUGGCUUGCCGCUUUAGCUGCUGCUACGGCGCGCAGCGAUGCUGAUUGAGCUCGGGAAGAUGGCCGAAUUACGGUGCGGAGGAAAUGGUGGCUGGACGAAAGGCUUCCGCUUUAUUACCCACGAGAGCUUAGCACGGACAGAGUCGUGCUUCCCGGGUUGAUCCUCCAAAGGUCAAUAGGGAAGCUACAGAACCCAGCGACCCGGUAUCGUGUACUCAGAUUCCUGCUAGGCCGAGGGGGGAAUGCCACGUCUUCUACUUCCCAAAUUCGGACCUGGUCCGGCGUACGCUGAUUAGCGACGUACGGGGGACCGAGCUCUCGGACUCUCUCCACCGGGGUUUUUGACGUGUGGUGGAGUCGACGACGGUUUUUGGCGACCAUCGGAGCUGUAUCGUUCGACUUUGACGACGAACCUCGCUUCUCUCCGUUUAACUGCCUCGAAAGGCGGGUCUUAGUGGACACCCGAGCUCUAUUUCCGUCCUUCCUGGACGAGGUUGACGCCUGAAGACUCCGCUUGUCGAUUUCUCACACUUGCACCAGACCGUACAAUAAAAAACGCCUAAGGGGCUGUCCAUUUAUUACGUAAGGGAAUUUUUACGAUUUUUCGACACCCCCACCCCCCCUUGUAAGAUUUUGUGUAAGAGUCCAAAAAAAAUGUAUGUCUCGUAAGAUUUUUCAAACCCCCCCCCCCCCCCUCUUCCCCC